CGACGGCUUUCGCCUUGCGUUGCGGCCUCGCCAGCCGAGGGAAGGGGGACGCGAGCGGCGGUUCCUUCAUUGAGUGCGUUGCGGAAAAGAAAGAAAAGUGUACUACAGCAGCAGGCCAGUUCUGCGGGCGACCAUGUCUUCUUGCUUGCCGGCACUGUCGACGUUCGGGGCUUGGCUGUGAUGCUACGGCGCUGUUUUCCGACGCCGCACCAUGGGCAAGAUGCAGAGCAAGCACGGUGACUGCAUCGUUGUGAACGCGCAUUUCAACCCCGUCUGCCAGUUGGACGACGACCUGCCGCGGCAAAAACCGCAGAGCCAGAAAUUCGCGUGCUCGGAGUUGUCCCUGUCACUUUGUGAUGAUGAGAGCUGCAAACCAAAUGACCAAUUCGAGGAAGAAAAAUGUUUGCAUCAUGAAGGCAGUACAGGCAGUACAGACAAGGUGACUACGCCAUCACUGACUGAGGAUGACGAGCGACCAGAAAAAGCUGAGGAAGAGAGAAGUGAGAAGGAGGAAAGAGGAGAAAGUCUUAAUGCAACGGAUGUGUCUUGCAAUAAAUCCCACCAUGGUGAAGAGAGACAGGAGUUCUCCUUUACCCUCUAUGACUUCAAUGGUCAUGGCAAGGUAACAAAAGAUGACAUUGCAAGCCUCGUUCGUUCGAUUUAUGAUGCACUCGGAAAGAAGAGCCUGCCAAAGUCGGGUAGUCGAACUAUCAAAGUGAGACUUGCCAUUGGACCGGAUGAGGACAGCUGUCCAGCACAGACUCGACCACUUUCAGAGUCUUCAGCACGCAGUAGUGCUCCAACAGCUUGCACAUUGCUCACAGAUGAACCACCUCCUAGUCGCAGAGCACCGGAAAGCCUCUCAGUUCCUGUGCACCGAAAGUUUCCUCCACAGGCAGAAAAUGUUCCUGCAACAGGAAAUAGAUGCAAACACUCAUCUGGUGGAGUGCCAGCGUCACCACUGGGAAAUCACUCGCGGAGGGUCAAGCCGCGUGUUCAUCAGCGACAUGAGCUCCUGCAAUGGCUAAAGGAGAGCACAGAGAAGGCUUGCUACCAAUCAGCUGCUGCAGAAGAUAACAGGCGAUCACAGCAGGCGGCGGCAGCCCGCAAAGCUGAGGCCACCUCACGCCCAGAGGCAGCACCAUGCCCCUACCAAUUACUCGAUCGAGGCCACGAAUGUGGAGGCGCUUCAUCAAGCCCUCAGUGUGAGCGGCGUCAACAUAGGCGCUCAAAGUCGCACGAAGAAGAGCCACCCUGCCGUGGCUGGCAUCACCACUACCGGCACCGAGAGCGAGACUUGGAGCGCCAGCGUGCCAUGCGCCAGGUAGCCAGCUGGAUUGAACGCGAGCAGCUGACCGGCCCACCACCCCCUCCUGCUCAACGUCACGAGCACCACCAUCUGCAUGAGCACGUGCACCAUCACUACCAUCACUACGUUGACUGACAGUGCGCCCACAUUUUGGCUCUUCCCUGUAUGUACACAGGGCGUGAGCGUGAUGUAGUGCACUGACUCGGAUGAGCACAAGACACAGUGGCAGUGGGCAGCUGACGCUAGGCAUUCACUGCACAGCACCACUGAUGUACACAUCCUGACCCUGUUGGCCACAGUGACAGUGAAAAAGACAGUUCUGCCAUCGUGGGGACAAGCACGGUGACAGUGAGACAGUUCAACCACCAUGGGGUUAAGCACUUGGAGCUGCAGCAUCCCAUACUGGCACAGUGUUUGUCACUAACUGGACCCUCUCCACUGAAAGGUUAGCCUGUCUGUUCUCCACAACAUCAGGCCUCCAGCACAAGCUUGUCCACAGUAGCUCCCUUGCCAGGGCAAACUGUCACGAUAUGUGUGGAUUUUCUACUGCGUUGAGACUAAUUGGGUGUGCCAUGAAAUGAGGCUGGGGAGAUCACUUGUUCACCCCAUUUCCUAGGCCUUAAAAGAGUGAAACUUUGUUCCUCUGGUGAGAAGGAGUGAGGUGUAAGAUAACUAAACAAAGUAACAGGUUGUAAAGAAUACAUGCUGCCUGAAAUUUUAUUUACACUCACAUGUAGACAUCCAGAAUAGGCUGUUGCAAUUGUAAUUUGCAUGUAAGUGUUCUGUGGAGAAUGUUUAGUAUUAGUUGGUAUGAUGACUUUUAAGUGUGUUCAAAAUAUUUUGCCACAUGCCAGUAGUUGGAUGCCGGUGAUGGUAUUAAUUGUAAUUAGCAGUGCCAGUGUAUACAGCCCAAUGUUUUGAUAACUUUGCAGGCAUAUGAAAUAAAUGACUCAAACAUCAAUUCUCUUCCUUUGCAGUAUGGUUGCUAAUAGGUGCAUCUGAUUAAAUGCAAUAAUGUAUUUGGAUUUAAUUUGGUGCUACUAUCAAUGCUUGCAUAAUAUUUUUUUUCAUUCUUGCUCAACAAUAUGCAUGGCAGGUUGCACAUGUUUUCUUCACGUAUAUCAGGGGUGGCACUAAAAUGUUCUAAUGCAUAUAUGUGUGUGCUUUCUUUUUUUUUUUACUUUCGGCUUGCAUCCUUAUAGCAUUAAAUUACUAAAAUUUAUAGAAACACUACAUAAAUGUAUUAGGUGCUUGGAUAUUUGACUUCAUAGCUUUCUGUAAUUGCCGAGUACCAUCAGGAUUGAAAACCUGCCGCAUGGUUUUCGAACGCAUGCCUGAUGCCCAUUUUCCGGAGUCGAUCCUGCAUUAAAAGUACUAUUGACAGCAAAAAUCUUAACUGCAUGCAAGUGUAUUGAGCUAAUUUGAUUUAUAAAGGCUAUUUGAUAUUUUCAUACAUUGAGUGGAUCUCAAUAAGCUAAGAGUUAAUGACAUAAUGAGCCUGUGAUUUUUAUCAUUUACAUUAUAAAUUCUUAAAUUGGCUAACUUUAAGAAAUGUACAAUUUUGCAUCAUGCUAGAAGAUACUUCAAAAUUUGGUAGAAUAGUGUAAAUUAAAAAAGAACUAACAAAACAUUCAUGCCAUUUUAAUGCAUUAACAGUGCAAUAAAUUUAUGCUUCUGCUCAUUCACUGAUAGUAAAAAUUGUUAAAAAUUGCUGACGACCCCAAUUUGCAGUGUGGUACUGUUGAGAGCAGCUUUGCGGCAUGUUAACUGUUGGUUGGAAAGUGCGGUAAAGUCGAGUGCACUUAUAAUAGACCUGCUUAGAGGAAACUAUCAUUUAGUACAAACAAGUUUUCAUUUUUCAAAACAAUUUUUAAAGGAUUGAACAGAGCACUGAGCACUUAAUUCCAAUGACUUGGUUGCCAUGCUGUCAUUUAGAACAACACAACCAUAAGCUUAUUAUGUGAAAAAUUGCCAUGCAUGCCAUUUUAGCUCAAAAAAUGUUAAACUUGCGAGCUAUUAACUUCUUAAAUGUUCGUUUUUUAAAUCUUUGUAUCAUAAACAGUUCGUUGUAAGUGCACUCGAUUGCUAGAGCCUGUAAAUAUGUGCCUUGUAAAGACUGAAGGUGCUAUAGCAGACUUUAGCACUUGGUGCCCAAGCUGUGGUUACUGCCUACCCUAAUUGCAGGGUCUUGUACUCAUAUACAUGCAUCAAAACACCACUGCCAAAAAACUUAUUUUCUGUGCCUCCCAGCCAAAGAAAAAGAAAAUGGGGAUAUUGUUUCUGACAAAGUUUUCAGUCUUGAGUUUUGAAUUUUUCUUUCUAGGUUGUAGUGCACAUAUAGUGAAGAGAACUGAUAUUUGUCUAAGCCUGGAUGAUAAUUUGCUUAGGAAUGCUCUGUUUUGGAAUAUUUUUCACUCUUGGGCAUUAUGACACUGUUCUCUGUUUAAAAUGCUAGUCCUGUUUGGUAUUUGGGAUGAUGGCUUUGAUGCUUUGCUUUGCAAUUGUGUGUUCUGAACUUUUUUACCAUUUAAUAUAAAAUGAAACAAUGAAAAUACUAGUAGAUUUCAAUCAGAGGAACAAAUAAUUCUAAUGAAUUAUUGUCCACUCUUUGUCAUGUCCGAUAUAAUUAUUAAGUCAGAAUUUUAGACUUCACUUGUGUGACUUGAAACGCUUCACACCAGCUGAAUAUUUUCAAACUAUCUUUCAUGUUUUACAAAUCUAAUGGGAACCGUGAUCACUGUCGCAGCAACCCUGGAAGCUGUUCAAGCUAUUUGCAGGGCAACCAUUUUCCACUAUGUACAAGCUCUAUAUUAAGGGGAUGCAGUUUACAAAUUAUUGAGAAGUUAUUUUAUAUGAUAGCAUGCUACUUGAAAUGCAGGCUUGCACAUUCAAAAUUUCUCACAUGAAGUUGUGUGCCAUAAAUCGGUUGGUGAGAAAAUGGUAACUGUUAAGCAUAUGUGAUAGAAUGACAAUAGGCGCCUCUAUGAGUGACAAUAGGCUUCUCUAUGAAUAUGUCAUUGCUACCAAUUUUUUUUCCCCAUUUGCUAGCCUGAAUCAUAGCAUGAUUCAGUGCUUGUACCAAAAUACUUCCUUAAAAAAUGAACUCGAAUGGACUGUCAUUUUAUAGCUGGCUUGACACAAGUUAGUUGCAUCUACAGGAAACCAAAGGUCCCAAAACUUCUGUUUAUCCGCUGAGGUUAAGGAGGGGCAACUGAAAUGAAUUUUUUGCAGACUAAUAUACUCAUCUGGGGUGUCGUGUAGCUUUGAUAACACUUUUUAAACCUCUGUUUGUGGAAUUAUGCAUGAAUUGUGCUACAAAACGUGUGCUUUGUAAUUUUACAAGCAAACUUGUUUUGGCCAUGUGAUCAAACGUUAGGAAAACCUUAUCAAGCUUUGAGACUUCGUGAUGUCGGUAAUCUUACUGGACUUCUUUAAAGAUACUGUGACAAGACAGUAGGAUUUUACGAGCGAUUUUGGCAUAUCGUGUGCAUGUGGUACAUUACAGUGACUGAAAUAAUUUUGUACCCUUUGUUUGCCUUUGUCGAGUAAGAACAAAAAGCCUUAUUUAUGUGCCCGCAUUUAGUACAGAAUUUUACAAGCAUUCCUAUGUAUAGGUAGCAUGUUUCAAGGGACCAUAUUUUUUAUAUUGUUUGGCAAGUGAAGAAGCUUGUGAAUGCAAGUUGAACAUGCUCUGUUGUAGAAAAAUUAAAAUACUACUACAUGACAGUUUGACCUAUACAUUAUAAAGAACUACUGAGUAUUUCAUGUGACAUCUUUGCUCUCUCAGUGGAAAUCGCUUGGUACAUUGUGCAUUUUUACUCUGCAUCAUGGACUAUAUUUGUACCUUGUGUAGAAUUUGGUGAUACUGCAUCAAAUGUGUUUUGAUAUUACUACCCACAGUUAUGUCAGAGGGAAAAAAAAUGAAGCCUUACUGAAAAAUCUGCUUUUAAACUUUCUUUCUAAUACCAUAUGUGGAUAACAUUGAUUCUUGCAUACUGUAUGCUGUGGCCUUUGUUUUCUAAAGAGUGGCCUAAUUUAUUAACGGGUUUACAGCUGUGUAUCAUUUGCACAUUCCCGAGUGCUUUUAUGCGUUUAAUUGAAGAAAGAUUGGAAGAAAAAUUUACUUAUUUAUUCAAUUAUGUUCAGAAUGCAAAUGGACUUAGAUGAGCAUCAUGCUCAUUAACAGAAAUUGGAAGUUCUUAAUACUUCAUAUGAAUACUUGAUGGGUUAGAUUGUAUCCCUAGAAGUGCAGUACUCUGCUCUUGGCAUCAAAGCACUCACCAACUUUUAUUUUAAAACAAGAAUAGUCGUCUUGAAUUUAAAGCAAGUGAUGUAUUGUGAAACCCAGUUGUGAAAACCGUCUUAAAAGUGGCGCGUAUCCGUCAGCAUGGACGAUCAAAGCGUAAAAGUGGUGCAUAAUCAGAUAUGGGUGUUGAUGACAUUUUUUUUUUCAGCAUAGGUACAACCAGCCAGCUCUCUUAUAGUCUCUUGCUGCUGAAGGCUUGGGUAGGCGUGUAUAUUUAUAAAUUAAGGUAAUUUCUUUGAAUUUGGAAAAAAAAAACUGUAAAGCAGGUUCUGCAGAAGACUGGUUAGCAUCUGCCUGCACAUUUGCCCUGAAGCUUGAAAGGAAAGAUGUACUGUCCCCGGUUUCCACUCUUAGGUGCUUCAUAGUUUGCUGGUUAGUUUCAUUGGUCGAAUCAUCGCAGUAUGGUUGGAGUGGAGAUUACUUAAGGCAGGGAUACUGCCUAACUUUUCAUUGUAGCUGAACAACAGUGUUUGAGUUGUUAAAUAUUCCCUUAUAUAAAGUAGAUUAUUGCCUUUAUCAUGCACUGAUAAAUGCACCCUUCCAAAUGCCUGCCUGCUCCUGUAAAUUCUUGGCAAUAAAACAUAAACAUUUACUUUUUAUCUUUAUAUCAGUCUCCUUCCUACGUACACAUUUAUUCUUAGUGCACUGAAUACUCUGUUGUUACAGUUUGUAUAUAAAAUGCUCAAGGAGUCUCAGGGAUCAUAGAAGUAAGAACUGAGCAAACAUUCUCAAAUUUUUUGCAUUUGUUGUGCGUAAAGUGUGGACACUCUUGCCAUUAUAUAAAUAUAUACAUAUGCAGAUAUUGUAAUGCCAUGCUGUGACAGUGCAUUGAUAUUAGAUGCACCUAUGUUAUUCUGCCAUAUUUGCAACCUGUGGAUUGUGUGUAAGUUAUUUUGUACAUAAAAUAUCCAUACCUCAAGCCAAAUGUCGUUUCAAUGCUGCAUUAAGGCAUUGGCCAAUUCAAGUAGGGGCUAUUGCGCCACUUUGGACAUUUAUACGUCACAAGUGGGGAGAAGUCUCCUUGUACUGAGUAUGCUGAAUAAAUGUUAUAACCUUGAAUCAAA